AUGGUUUGUAUAUGCGCGUUCAAAUGGAGGUGCCGCGGCGAAACAGUUGACCAAUGCCCGGCACAGGAAACAAUUUCCAAGCACGCCCUAAAAGGUUAUACGUUCAAGACGAUAAAAGUGUCGAGUCCGUUUGAAUGUCUAUAUCAUUGCCAUUACGAAGACAGAUGCCAGAGUUAUAACUACUUGAAUGCCGAGGAUAUUUGCGAGAUGAAUAACCGAACCAAGGAAGCAAAGCCAAAUCAAUUUGUGCCUGACCAACGGCGGCUCUACAAGAAACGCAGGGCGCGCAGAGGUGAUAUGAUCAUUUAUCUCCCCUCCGAUAAUUUUUCUUCUGCGCAAAUAAACUAACGAUUUUAAGUAAGAAAUAGUUUAAUUAUCGAAAAACUAAUAUUCGAGAACCAAAUUUUAAACUUAAAACAGUACUGACUGAUCCUUACGGCAGGAAGAGAGAUAGAAAAAAUAAAGUAAGAAAACAAAAAUCAAGUGGUGAAUUAUAUUAUUCACCACUUGAUUUUCAAAAUUUGGUACUCAAGAUUUUACUGAUCCAGGUCUACUAAAGAUCCGGCUGACCCUCACUAGUCAGGAGCCGGCUCCUGCACUAGUUCAUCGUUGUGGUUUUGCCUUCACAAGUAUUUCUAGUAUUCGAGAGUGACUUCUUUUUUGGAACACUCUAACAUUUAUGACACUGAUCGGAGUUUAGCAACAUAGUUGGUGACAGUUGUGCCAGCCUUGCCUUGUCCCUAGGCCUCAUUUUUCCGCGUAGCCUAUGCGUUUCGGGUCACGUGGUCCUAGCUUGUUUUUGAUUGCGUCUCGGAUGUACCAACCGAGAAGGUCUGGGAAGCCCUACACGGACAGGGCAAGUGACAGCCAAGUCCAUAGGCGUUCUCGGCUCGGUCAAACCUCUUAACUACCGUGAGCUGUGACGUCACCGAGAGAGACUCGACUCGACUCGACUCGAUGUCGACUCGUUCUCUCUCCCACCUUUUCCGAAACUUCGCGCGGACAAAGGGCAAGAGAGAAUGCCUAAGAACUAGGUUGAAUUAGUGAGUAUUUUAGAUGAAGACCCCCCCCCCCCCUCCUAUGUUGCUCUUCACAGUUGUCCUAGGGUCCACUCCCUUGUUGCCUGGUGAAUCGUGCCGGGAAAUCAAAGCAAAUGAAGCGGGAGAAGUUGUCAGUGGUAGUUUCUGGUUGGAUUCCAGGAGUUCAGGAGAGGCUGUACUGGCUUAUUGUGACAUGAACACAGAAGGUUUGAGACUCCUUAUUUUCUUUGUGUGUGUGAUGUUCAUGAAAUUUCACACAAAACAUUCCGGCCAGGGGUAUUAGUUCCAAAUUGUAGCGGUAAAAAAGGAAUGAAACUUCAGGUCAUAAAUGUGGCCGAAAUUUAAAUUGGUUUUCCCCAGUCAAAUUUUGCGCUCAGUCAAGAAAAACCUGCGAUUUUAACUGGAAAACUUAGCAUGCGAGUUUUCCUAGACGAGACCAUGGAAAAACAUUUUGAAUAAACCUUGCUUAUGUAGAUAUGAUGCCCCGUUAACUUUCAUUAUUAAAAUGCUUUAUCGUUAGUUGCAGAUUUCUGCUUCCGACAUCAAUGUCAGAAUGGUGCAUCAUGCAUUAAUACUCCCAAAAGCUACAGGUGUUUGUGUGACGGAUUGUGGACUGGUACCUACUGUGAAACAAUUAUUGUAACAGGUAACAAACGUUCUUCGUCCGUAAAUUUUUAAGAAGUUACUUUUGCUACUUUUUCUACCACUCAGUUACUCAGUGAUGCUUAAAUUUUUUUAUAGUCUGCGGACAAACUUCGUUCUUUUCCAGCCAUUAUUUGAAUUCUCCGCCAUAGCCGACACUCAGUUAAAAGACACUGGUCAAUUGUUGUUUCAAAGUGUUAGAAUCCGUGUUCUGUUAAUAAUAUUUUCCCCAACCCCUAUGAACUGGAUUUUUAGGUCGCUUUUCGGUUCGGAUUUUGAGACAAAUGAGGUCUGACUAGAGCAAAAGGCACCUUCUAUUCAACAGAAGGCUCUUAUAAUGAACUGAAAGUCUAUUUUCGUUGCGCUAUAUAACAAAUUUUUAUGACCUAAUCAAUGUCAAUGCCGACUCCAGUCAAAUUUAUUUCUAUUCCGUCUUCUGCUUUGGUCGCAAACGUCCAGCUGAUGUAUAUUUCAUCUACAAAGACUAAACAGAUAUCUACCCUUGCAGCAAACUCCCCAUCGAAAUCUGCCUUAGCUCCAACGCGAGGGUCACCUACAAUGGUCGCUACUGCUCAAUUAACGUUUACAGCUAACCCGACUAACUGGAUAUCUACCCCGGCUGCAAACACCAAGAUGUUACCUACCUUGGCUCCCACGCAGGUGAAAACGGUCUUACCUGCCCAAUUGACGCCUUCAACGGUCUCAGCCUCACAACUGACAGCUACCGCGACUCCAGGCAUCCAGUCGACUGCAACUCCGGGCUUCAGGGUGACUGUUGUCACCAGCGAUGUUUAUGGAGCAGGUACAGACGCUUUAUUAUACAUCGCGCUCAUUGGCACUGACGGAAGAAAAUCGGGGUUGACUGAGAUAGUUAGCGAGCCGGAACAUUUCGAAACAGGCAGGUAA